UUCGGAGCAGACAGGGCCCGGCGGAGCCGCGGAAGCCCCGGAGCCCGCGAGCCGCAGCCGCGGGGCGCGCCCUGCCCGUGCGGGCGACGCGAUUGCCGAGGGGGAGGGGAGGCGGCAGGGUUAGUGGCACCUUGGAUGGAGGCUGCGGGCUUCGCGGCGGCCACUAUGUUCAACCAGCAGCAGCAGCAGCAGCAGCAGCUCCAGCAGUUACAGCAGCAGCAGCUUCAGCAGCAGCAAUUGCAGCAGCAGCAGUUGCUGCAGCUCCAGCAGCUGCUCCAGCACUCCCCACCGCAGGCUCCGCUGCCUAUAGCUGUCAGCCGGGGGCUCCCCCAGCAGCAGCCACAGCAGCAGUUUCUGAAUCUCCAGGGUGCCAACUCGGCCUCCCUCCUCAAUGGCUCAGUGCUACAGAGAGCUUUGCUUUUGCAGCAGUUGCAAGGACUGGACCAGUUUGCAAUUCCACCAGCCAUGUAUGACAGUGCCGGUCUCACCAUGCCCACAGCAACAUUGGGUAACCUCCGAGGCUACAACAUGGCAACCCCGACCCUGACCGCCCCCAGCCUUACGCCACCCCAGCUGGCCACUCCAAAUCUGCAGCAGUUCUUUCCCCAGGCCACCCGCCAGUCCCUGCUGGGUCCCCCUCCUGUUGGGGUGCCCAUGAACCCCUGUCAGCACAACCUCUCUGGACGGACCCCCCAGAAACAGACUCGGACCUCCUCCUCCACCACCCCUAAUCGCAAGGAUUCUUCUUCUCAGACGAUGCCUGUGGAAGACAAGUCAGACCCCCCAGAGGGGUCUGAGGAAGCUGCAGAGCCCCGCGUGGACACACCAGAAGACCGGGAUUUGCCCCCAUGCCCAGAUGGUGUUGCUAAGGAGAGAUGCACUCCAGCACCCGAGCCUGAGCCUUGUGAGGUGUCUGAGCCACCCGCCAAGAGGUUGAAGAGCUCAGAAGAGCCCCUAGAGAAGGGGCCUCCAAGGCAGCUACAGGCAAAGGUCCAGCCACAGGCCCGGAUGACGGCACCAAAGCAGACACAGACACCUGAGCUGCUGCCUGAGCCACGAGAAGCCCAAGUGGUGCCACGAUUCCAGCCACGGGUUCUGCAGAUCCAGGCCCAUGUGCAGCCACAGACUCAGCCACGGAUGCCACCAGUGGACACCCAGGUGCAGCCAAAGCUGCAGAAGCAGGCACAGACACAGACCUCUCCAGAGCACUUAGUGCUGCAGGAGGAGCAGGUGCGGCCACAGGCACAUGCACAGCCCCCAAAACAGGUGCAGCUGCAGCUGCAGAAGCAGGCGCAGACACAGACGUAUCCACAGGUACACCUGCACGCACAGGCAGGGAUCCAGCCACUGGAGCAGCCACCAGAGCAACCUUCGGCACAGGUGCCAGUGCAGCCACUGGAGCAGACCCAGGGGCAGCCUCAAGCCCAGCCACAGGUAUUGGUGCCAGCCCCAGAGCAAGCACCGGUUCCAGUUCAUGCCAUGGCGCUGGAGACAGCACUGGAGAGGCCGCCUGAUAGGGUAGAGGCUGGGGAAGGUGUGGAGGAGGCCUCACCGGAGCCAGUGGGCCCCCAGGUCAGCGUGGAAGAGAGCCAGGAAAAGUCGGCCGGUGGCCUGGAUGUGGGCGAAUGUGAAAAAAGAGCAAGAGAGAUGCUCGGGGUGUGGGGUGCCGGCAGCUCCCUGAAGGUCACCAUCCUGCAGAGCAGCGACAGCCGGGCCUUUAGCACGGUACCGCUCACACCCGGGCCCCGUCCUGCUGACUCCACCUCUGCCACCACUGCGGCUGCCAGCACGCCCUCUAAGCAGGCCCUCCAGUUCUUCUGCUACAUCUGCAAGGCCAACUGUGCGAGCCAGCAGGAGUUCCAGGACCACAUGGUGGCGGCUCAGCACCAGCAGCGGCUUGGGGAGAUCCAGCACAUGAGCCAGGCCUGCCUCUUGUCCCUGCUACCUGUGCCCCGGGAUGUCUUGGAGAGAGAUGAAGAAGAGCCUCCCCCUAGGCGCUGGUGCAACACCUGUCAGGUGUACUACAUGGGGGACCUGAUCCAACACCGCAGGACACAGGACCACAAGAUUGCCAAACAAUCCCUGCGACCCUUCUGCACUGUUUGCAACCGCUACUUCAAGACCCCCCGCAAGUUUGUGGAGCAUGUGAAGUCCCAGGGGCACAAAGACAAAGCCAAGGAGCUGAAGAUGCUCGAGAAGGAGGUAACCGGCCAAGACGAGGACCACUUCAUCACGGUGGAUGCCGUGGGUUGCUUCGAGGGCGAUGAAGAGGAGGAGGACGAUGACGAGGAUGAAGAGGAGAUCGAGGUCGAGGAGGAAUUCUGCAAGCAGGUGAGGUCCAGAGAUAUAUCCAUAGAGGAAUGGAAGGGUUCAGAGACCUACAGCCCCAACACUGCAUAUGGCGUGGAUUUCCUGGUGCCCGUGAUGGGCUAUAUCUGCCGCAUCUGCCACAAGUUCUACCACAGCAACUCAGGGGCACAGCUCUCCCACUGCAAGUCCUUGGCCCACUUUGAGAACCUGCAAAAAUACAAGGCGGCUAAGAACCCCAGCCCCACCACCCGGCCUGUGAGUCGCCGGUGUGCGAUCAACGCUCGGAACGCCUUGACUGCCCUGUUCACUACCAGUGGCCGCCCACCCACUCUGCCCAGCAUCCAGGACACAGCCAAAACCCCCAGCAAGGCCCUUUGAACACGCUGUUGCCUCUGCAUGGACUGCGCUGGGUCCUCCUCCUGCCUGCCUUCCCUCCUCUCCUCGAGGAGUCCCACUUAUCCUUCAAGUCUCAGUAUGGAUGUGACCAUGGGGAGCCCUCCCAGUGCCCCAAACUGGAUCGGGCCUCUAUCCUGAUCCCCUCGCCCUCCUGAGCCCUCCACAGCCCUCCCUCAGGAUUGACUGCUGUGAUUAUUCGUGGGCUGGUCUGUAUCCCCCACUCAACUAUAAAGUGAGAGGUGAAUGGUCUUGUGUUCACUGCUGUCUCCCUGGUGGCCUCACUGUCACACAAUAAACAUAUGUUGAAUGAA